AUGCAGCUUCCAACCAAACUCACCUUACUCGCUCUUGCCUCCUCUGUCUUUGCAUCGCCUGCCUUGCAGGCACGCUCUGAGACUGGAAUCGCCUACUAUGGGUUCGAAAACAGUACCAUGACCGCUUGUGGUAUAUAUUCCAACGAUACAGACUUUAUCGUUGGAUUGAGCACAGACUAUGUGAAUUGGGAGAACAGGGAUAACUGCUUCAAAAAUGUCACUGUUUCUCUGACGGACGAUCCCUCGACCUCUGUUGAGGUUACAGUCACAGAUGCCUGCAAGGACUGUGGUGAUUCGGCCAAUGUGUAUCUUUCUGUGGCCGCAUUCGAAGCCUUGGGAGUAUUAUCCGUCGGAAAACUGAACGUUACCUGGGCAUUCGUCGAUGGCUCCAACUGA